ACAUACAUACAUACAUACAUACAUGCACAUUACAAAACUUAAUUCUACUAACUAAUUACCAUACAACCCCCGUUGCAAUGCGAAUGAAGUUAGAAUCAAGAUGUUCUCUGCGGCCUCGCUCCAGGACAUAGGUCAGAUUGUGAUCAGUGCUCCGUUAAGUGUACAGCAUGACGACAGUCCUCCCUAUCGGGAUAGGGGGGAGGUUAUUCCUUGUUUUCCAGGUUCCUCACAAAGACAGGGUUACCAAGCAGGGUCGUCUUCAUUCAGCACUGCACAGGUACAGCGAAGGCAAGAUGUGGUAUUGAUAUCUCAUCACGGACUCCGGAUCGUAGUAUUUAUUCUUGAAAAGAACCGGAACGACGGAUGGAUACUACCUCUCCUCCCUACAAUCUGAGCUUCAGUAGACCAUGACGGGCAGGAGGCGGCAAUGCCAGCGCUAUCUGAGAACCGUGAGUUGGAAAUGGGCCGGACGACGGGAUGAUCUGCGACCCGCUCGACUGCGGCGGCGGACGCACGCCUAUCAAGAAGGACGUCCCCGGCUGCCCCGCCUACACCGGCACCCUGACGCGCGCGACGUCCGCAUCAUUCCCUCUCCUACUAGCCGUCUACCACAGAGAGCCCCAGCGACCCUACGUCGGCCACAGAGACGGGGACGGGGACGGAGGCGAUGGUGACUGGCAGCAAUCCUCCGGCGCCCACCACCACGGGGAUGGGGACGGAAACGGGUACUGGUGGUACUGCUCCGGGCAUCACGCAGCCGCCGGCUCCCUGGACGGGCGAUGAGCACGAAUGCAAGUGGCUCGGGUUCAUCGAGGGCGCCAUCUGAAACUCCGAAUGCGGGUGCUUUCCUGGAGGGUUCGUUGAUGGCCGGGGCUGGGGCUGCGAUUGGGGCUCUGCUUUGGAUGUAAGCAGCGAUUGUGUGGGUGUUGCAUUAUUGGGGGGGAGGGGGGGGGGCAAUUUAUAAUAGUCGGUCAAGUCGCUCGUAUUUAGAGAUUUUUGGAGCAUAAAUUCCAUGAUGGGCUUCUUCUCAUGGAUCAUUUCUCCAAUUUCCCAUUCGCUAGAAAAACUUCCAAUCGAGUUUGUUCCUGGAGUCAUCCUUUGUUAUUGAGUUGACAUAUCUUGCCUUGCUGUAACUCCAAUCAACGAGCUGCACCAUAAAUGUGUUUGAUUGUUUAAAUAACCGCAUCAAGAAUUUUGAUGAUGAAAUCAAACUGAAGGAAAUGCUGCAAUGAUGCAGUGGAACCAUUCAACAACAUACCCUUUUCAGUUCAACUAGUUAUUUAUUCAAAUGCAGCCUUACUUAUAUCAACAUUAGCACUCUCAGAAUGAGAUUCUUUCCUACACUUCCCAGCAAGGUGUGGGGGCAUGUUCUCUCAUCCUCCACCCAACACCCUUUUGUUAUGCUUUACACAUAUUGAGAAGUCCGAAGGCAUCUGGAAAUUAUCCACGUCCAUAUAUCUCUCAGUAUCCACGAAUCUUCGGCAAAGGCAGCCGCUAGCAAAGCAGAUACAUUUUUUACGCUCUGAAUAUCAGCAGCAUAACUGUGGUUCUACACUUCUAAGUACAAUCAUUUUGACUUCUACUAAUCUUGAUGUUCAGAUUCCAAUGAAAAACCCUCUUUGAUGUUGAUGUAUCUGCACUUUUGGCCGUCAACCCCUUGUCAAAAAGAAGCCAUUGCUUCUGGGAUCCAGUGCCAGCCAUACAGAGUUACUGGUAUCUUGUCCAUCGGGACAGAGUGAAAGUAUAUCUCCAUUGCUCUACUCUGUACCAAUCCUGCAGAUGUGCCACAUCCAAGAAGCUGUUUGUCGAUUGGCCCCCAUCCAUCGCAUCGUAAACCCGAAAAUUCGAUCCAAUACGUCAGGCAAGGAUUCCUGCGUCAGAGCUGGACUGCCAUUCCAGCUCUGUGGAAUAUGAUCCCAUCCACCGCCUGAAAACAGAUGACAGAUGCUCCAGUGUGUCUUUUUACAAAAGAAGAGUAAGAUCUUCGAGAGGAGGAAAAUGAAAAUAUCACAGGGUGCUCGCUUGGAAAUAGGCUGAGGCUACAUCAAGACGAAGGAGUGCUCGUGGUAGAACGGGAUAGCUGCGAAACAGCGGUGAUCUGCUGUCGUAAGCUUGGAGGCGGGAGGAUGAAGGAGAAAAGAGAAAAUGAGUUCUAGUUAUUUUAAAAAAUCCUGGAAUACCUAUAAUAACUACAAAGAGGGGAAAGCAGCUUUCCUAGAUAAGCUUGCUCAAUGACCAUGAAAGAAA